UCAUUCAGGAACCUUUUUCCAUUUCUUUGUAUACUUUUUCAUUAUGGCAGAUGCUGAAAUGGACUCGAAUGCAGAAGCUACCAACAACGUGCUGAAAUCUCCAGAGCAGGAUCAGAUCCUGAACAUCAUGAGUCUCUCGGGGCGUGGACGAAUGGAUGAACAACGCUGCACCUUGAGUCCUGCUAAAACUGCACAAAUCAAAACCACACCUGCUGGUUCAAACCAUAAGGAGUUCUCCCAUACCCUGGACAACAAGCAAGGACAAUGCCUUGAUAACCUCAAGUUUUCAUUGGCGGGAAUUAACGACCAGAAACCUUUGAGUGACCAGAACGACUCUGCCCCUCACAUCUCUGUGACCGAGAGUACUCCAGAUAGACACAGGAAACUUCAGUCACCUGUCCACCAAUUAGAUGUUCCCCCUCAGCGUGACCGCUCCAAUACCAUAAAGACAGAAUCACAUGAUGACCAGGCUAAGUUCAUGAAUAUGAUCAGCCAUGGACAGCGAGGGCGCAUGGACGACCAGUGCUGUUCCUUGAACCCCAGCAAGAGUGCUCCCUGCACACCCCAAAACACAGACAGAAAGCUUGCAAGUUCAGGAAACACAGGUCCAGAUCCUGAAAUGUUCUUCAAUCUCUUGGCCAACACCCAAAGCAACCGGCUCGAUGACCAGCGAGUGUCUCUGCAGCCAUUACCGGGAUUACCGAAAGAAAAGACCACAUCUCCCGCUGCAGGAGAUUCAAGCUACUUGUGUUACAUGGUCUCUAAAGUCCAGGGUUCCAGAAUGGAUGAGCAAAGAUGCUCCCUGCCUCAAAUCCUCAAGCCAGAGAAAAAGUCUUCUCCAAACAAGGAUAUGUUAACUUCUGGUUCAGGUCCUCCACGCUCAGCCUCUUUCAGCCCCGGCUCAGAAGUAGAACGACUUAAGAGUAAAGAUAAAUCAUCUAAAAAACAGGACUUGACUGGCGCCGAACAGGAUGCGUUGUUUAACCUAAUGAGUAAUUUCCAGCGCGAACAUAUGGAUGAGCAGCGAUGUGUCUUAAAUGCUAGUCCUCAGACCCCACCCAAACACAAGCCCAGUCAGAGCACCGUGCCCACAGGUCCAGAUUCGGAAAAGUUUUUCAGCUUGCUGGCCAACUCUCAAGGCCGACGGCUUGAUGAUCAGCGAGUGUCUCUUCUUUCAUUGCCAGGAAUACAAAAUGGGGGUAGCACAUCAACAUCGAGUGCUGCAGAGAGGGACACAAGCCACUUGUGUUACAUGGUCUCCACACUUCAGGGAUCAAGGAUGGAUGAACAGCGAUGCUCUGCACCUCAGAUCUUCCACAACCCUGGGACCCAAUCUACUCCGCACAAAGAUCGUCCCAAUUCAGAGACAUCUGAUAAAGCUGUGCAGAGGUCUGCCUCAUUAAGCCGGGCCAAAACCGCCCAAGAUCAGCAGCAGGCUCAUCCCGCUGAGCAGGACAAGUUUCUCAAUAUGAUUAGUCAUUCACAAGGCGGACGUAUGGACGAGCAGCGUUGCUCUUUGCAACCAAGCAGAAGCACACCCGCCACACCCACACACAAUGGAAGCGCUAAUGGGCCAACAGCAGGUGCAGAUGCUGAUGCAUUCUUCAAAAUCAUCACCUCCAGUCAAGGGCGACGGCUAGACGAUCAACGCGUUGCCCUGUCUCGCCUGCCGGGGAUAAGUGGGAAUUCUGAACGUAAAGAAAGUACAAAGGUUGAAAUCCCAGCCUGUCCUCCACUCAUCACUGUGGCUGAAAGUACACCAACUACACCGAGGAAGGGCGGUUCCAGACCGACCACGCAACCCCAAAUGGACAAUGCAGCAUCUGGCCUGCCCAGAUCUGCGUCAUUUACCCCUGAAACUGAAUAUCAGAAGAAUCUCCACUCUCCAGCACAGGUUACAGUGAGGGUAUCAAUGAGUUUCACACCACAGCAGGGACAAGAGAAUGCUGUUCAACAAUGUGCAUUCCCAGAGGUGUUCCUCACUCUAGGAGCACCAGGAGAUACCUUUGUGAUUCCCCUCAGCCCAGGACUUGGCAGACCCCUGUCCUUCAACUUAAACCUUGUCCCAAAAGACGAUGUUAAGUCCAGGCACGGCUCUCCAAGCCACGCAAGUCCAAGGAAAGCUCGCUCAAGACCGUCAUCUCCUAACCCAAGUGCAACCAGCAAAGCACAUGCUGUAACUUCAAGCCCACGUAUCAGCCCAGAUGACGACUGCUUCUCUCUGAUUGAGAAGGUUCAUAUGGCCCAGCUGCAGAGAGCGAUGGCUGAAGGAGGACAAAGUCAAAAAGGGGAUCCUGGAAGGGGGAGGGACAAGACAGGGGAAGGAAAGGGAAAGGGGGAGGGGAAGAAAGAUAGGAAGGAUGGUGGCAAUAAACAAUAGUCAGGUUGGCAACACUGUCAAUUUUCUUCAGAGGAACAGGAUUUAGAAGAAAUGUGUCAGUAGUAAGCAAUGUUUAUACAAUUGUUUUUGACUCUCAAGAUGAGCAGAUGAUCCUGUUUUAUUUGGCUGGGCAAAUAUUUCAUAUAUAUGUUGGUACACAUUGUGUGUACAUGAGUGGUUUGGGUGAGAACUAAUUGUAUUGCUUUUUCAAAUGUAAAAACAUUGUAUGCUGUUAAAUGAUGUUAUACUGCUUUAGCUGCUUAUCCAAAGAGAGAAGCUGUAGCUUGGCUGUAAUUUAACCCACAACUCUGGCAAACUGUGUGAAGCUGACAAUAACAAUAAAAAACAGAAAAACCUAAAUUAAACCUGAUAA